UGGCCUAUGGUAUGGUCUAUGGUUAUUGUUGUUUUGGGGGCUGGAUUACAAUUUAGAAUAAGUAUUGAUAGAGUAAAUUUAACUAUUGGUUAGAUCUAUCAUGUGUGCUGCGGUUGCGAAAAUGGAUUCCAACUUGACAAGUAUGUGGGUAAACUUCUUCACGGCGGCUGGUAUUCCGUCGGACGUGUCUGCAACAUACGCCCUCACGUUUACGGAGAACCGCAUCCAGAGUGACAUGCUCCUGGAUCUCAACAAGGAGUACUUGCGAGACAUGGGGAUUUCUAGAAUGGGAGAUGUUAUCGCCAUAUUGAGGCAUGCCAAACAAGUACAUGAGAACACUGCCAGAGACCGCGUGCUGAGCUCGGCAGUGCCCACCAAAGUCCCUAUUGCUGCAGUAACCGGGCGCACUACUGUGUCAUCACAACCUUCCUCACCGGCCAGCCGGAUAUUGGAGCACUACACGCGCAAUCCACAAGUGCAGGACUCUCCUAGUCCCACGUCGCAACUAAAAAGAAAGGCUCUGGACAUUGGGAAUGACGACAUUAAUCUGAAGAAGUCGCGGCUGAUACGUUUCGCUCCCACACAGCAAACAGUAGUUAAAGAAGGUCCUUCUAAAACAGUGUUCGCUCGACUAGGUAGCUCUGAGUCGGGGAAGGUGUCGCCAGUUACUACAAAAGCAUCGGUCAAGCCAAUCUAUGCUCGGCUCGGUUCAAAAGCCGACAAAGAAGAGGACGAGCAAGCUAUACCGAUCGAGAAGGAUGCGCUCAAAUACGCAGGCAUACUCAAGAAUACAGUUGAUGUCUCUAAAAAGGUUUUCACAGUCACUACAUCAAAGAAUAACGUUAGGAAAAUAGCAGUCGGUACUAUGCGGGCUGACGAGGCUCCAGUUAGUGUGAAAACAAAACUGGCUAAACCCAAAUCAGUCAAGUUCUCAAACCACAUUCAGUAUAAAGAAAUAGAUCCUGUUCAGCUCAAUCAGAAGGCUGUGACUCAGAAAGCAGCGCCGAGUCCUGUGCAGAAGUUCACACCAGUGUUCAAUAAACCUGAGAGGAGACUGUCCAUGCCACCCAUAGCCAACAAUGGAAUUAAGGCUAGGCUAGGACAAAAGAACACAAACAACUUGACAAUAACUAGGAAUGUUUUCAAUAGACUGGGUGUUUGAUUUAGGAGAUACUUGAAUGUGAUUGUCUGGCAUACAUAUUCUGUGAGUGCAGUACAUGUGUGAUACUGACGCGGUGAAUAUUUCGCCGUGAAGCGCACUAUGUGAAUGUUGUUUAAUUGUUGUACAGACAAUUUAUUCGAUUUAAUUGUGUUGUGUUUGUGUGAAAUCAGUUUGUUUGUAUGUACAUAUACGACAUUUCGGGUCGCUUAACAUCAUGCGUUGACGCAUAUAAUAAGUUAUCCACACAAUAUUGUCGCGUAUUUAUAUUGUAAUGUCACUAUCUCACGCAUUUACUACAGUAAACCUUAUCAUAACUAAUUUCAAAAAUUAUUAAAAAAGAUGUACGCAAUGAACUACAAAGUAUGUGUAGAAACACCCAGGUAGCAAGAAGUGUUCAACCGCCUGGCGAGUGAAGAGUAUCCCUUUCUUGUUAAUGAUGAAGUGAAUGAUUGAUGAUUAAAGGCGGUACAUAGUAGUAAGAUAAUACUGUCUGGUUAUCUGAAUACUUUAUUAAAGAAAUAACUGAUCAUUAACGUAAGAUGUCAUGUCAUCAAUCAUUGCACAUUAAGAAUCUCUUUCAUCCAUUUGGUUUCGGUACAAACAACACAACUUUUGUAUAUUUUAAUUUCCUUGUUGACUAUUACUAUAUGUGAUGUAUAUUUUUCUACUAUGUGGACAAUUUCAAUAUUGCGGUAUCAUGGUGCUAAACUUAAGGGCAAUCGUUUGUUGACAAAUAAGUAUAAAAUAUCUUUGACAACAUUGUUGUAUAUUUUUCAUUACACUUUGACAUUUUUUUAUUCUAUAAAAUUGCUCUCGGUACACGGUGAUCAGAGUUUAGAUAAGUAUUUAAGUUUUAUACUCAGGUCAAGAAUUAGACUAAAAUGUUCAGAAUGUAAAUUAUUAACUUGUAAAAUAACUAGCGCUAGAUAUGCUUUAAUUUUAAAUAUACGGCUUGCGUUACGUUCUGACUUGAGUAGGCGAUUGACGGCCGAAAGUAAUAACCAAUAUUAAUCAAAAAGAUAUCUGGAUAGAUCUAAGUUUUUAAUAGAAGCUCCAUACAACUAAUUAAAUAACUACACGGUCGCGCACCGCGCAGCGCCGCGCGUGUAUGCGUGUUUGAACGUUACUUUUAAGUAUCUGUUGAAUGCGCCCUCACGCGUUCAGGCAGAGCACGGAGACACGAGUCAGAGCCGUCGCGAAUUAUGCCGCUAAUAUAUUGGCCGCGACUCGUCAACCGAGUGUCGUGGACCCGAGUGCGCCAGGAGCCAAUCGGUUUUAUACAUUUAUUAUAGUUAGAGCCACACUUGUAUAAUGUCGCGUGGCGUGGGUCGCCAAAUGCUUACAGCUGAUUGGUCGCAACUGCGCCAUUGUCUACCUUUAUCUACAAAAUUCGCACGUGGGUGCGGUAAAAACUCGCACAGUGACGCAGACAUACGUCCCCUGACAUGCAUGUACGUUGCAGGUGUCGCCACUUGUCACGCAACAUGCAGCGGGCUGCGGGACUCUCGCCGUUGUAGAUCUUUUCUCGAAUAAUUCACGUGCGUGAGGCAUAACAUUUUAAUGAAUAAUAUAAUAUAAUUACUAUUUUCUAUGUGCCUAGGUAUGUAAAUUUGAAAUUAAAUAAUUUAUUUAACAUUUGAAGCUUUUCAUUUAAAGAUAGUCAUAACAAAAUACAACGGCUGAAAAGACAGAUAGAGCCAUGGAGGUGUUAAUCCCAUACUAGAUUCUGCCAGCGGCUUCACCAACGUACCCGGGAUAAAAACUACUCGAUGUGUUAUUCAAGAAUUCACUCCGUCUCUAUAUUUCAUCCAAAACCGUAGACAAUGCGUGAAAGAAUAACAAAGGUAAACAAAUCUGUCCGUCAUCCACCCUACUCACCAGACCUUGCGCCUACAGACUACUACUUUUUCCAGAAUUUAGAUAACUACUUGGCGGGAAUAAAAUUCAAUGCCCGAGAGACGGGUCAAAAUGCCAUUAAAGAAUUUGUUGCCUCCUCUCCAGCUGAUUUCUUUAAGAACAAACUGCGCGCAGAAUGCGGUGCGCCGUACG